UUUUGAUUUUUAAAUUCUUUUUAGACAGCAAAAAACUAAUAUAUAAAUCCAACGUAAUAUAAACCAUGUUUCAAUAGUGCAGUAUUCAAUAUGACAACAGGAGACAAAACAUCAAGAGAGAGCAAUGUUGAGGAACUUAUUGAUCAGCUAAAGAAUAACGAUUUAUUUACUGAAUUCCUAUCUGAUGGAUUCGAUCCUAGAGAAUAUGCUAACACUAUAAUUGAAAGCCAUCUCAUUGGUGAAUCGUUAUCACGUCUUGCUGAUGGCAUCAGUCUACUAAACAAAGAGUUAAUGACACAGGUAUCAGAGCAUCAUGAAGAUUUACUUUUGCAAGCUACUGGCAUUGAUAAAUUGGAAGGAGUUUUACAGUCCAUUCAAUCUAGAUGUUUAUCACUUGUUAAGUCUGUUGAACGGGUUAAAGGACAGGUGACAGACCCAUAUAACAGAAUAGCAUCAAGAACGCGGCAACUUAGGAGGUUGCAGACAACAUGUGACUAUUUGAGAAGAAUCAUUCGCAUUUUAUCCUUAAGCAGGCGGCUGGAAACUCAAAGAAAAGGUGGUAGCCGCGAAAUAACUAAAGCUGCACAGAGUUUAAACGAACUGAGUUAUGUAACAGAAGGUGUCGACCUGUCUGGCAUUCAGAUCAUAGAAGAAGAUUUAAAGAAGAUAAAAGAAUCACAAGUCGAAGUGGAAAAUCAAGCUAAAAAGAUGUUGGAACAAGGUUUGAACACACAGAAUCAAACUUUAAUUGGUACAGCUCUUCAAGUUUUUCACAAUCUUGGAUCACUUCGUGUUCGUGUUGAUGACAUUAUUAGUCACUUAACUGAUCAAGUUGAAAAAUUCAUUUAUGCUUCCCUUGAUGCCAAGUCCUUGGCAACUUCUCAAGGAAUGAGUUCAGGAGUUACAUCUGGACCAGGUAGAGCAGCCAUGCCCACUGCAGGUAACACAGCAUCUUGGAGAACAGCAUUAUGGGAACACGUAGAAAAAUUGAUGAAUAAUUUAUAUAAUUUAUGUCAGAAGAUAUUCACACUAGAAAAGGUUUUGUUAAAGAAACGAGAUCCCAUUACGCAUAUCACAUUUAUUGAAAUGUUCAGUGAGAAUGGUCAAAGCAUUCUCUUCAGUGAUUUUUGGAAUGUCAUUUGUAGCACAUUGAGGUCAGAAUUUGAUCAUUCUACGCAAGCAUCUACACACUUAAAACAAGCAUUUCAGGGCGAAUUUCCAAAACUUCUUCGCCUGUUCAACGACUUCUGGUCACAAAUAUCAGCACUGGCAGAUAGCAAGCAUACACAGAGUAGCCAGCCGUUCGCUGUUGAUAUUAAAAUUGGUUUCCAUGAUGACUCUAGUCCACUGGAUUCAUUAAAAGCAACCUUACAUCCAUUUGAAAAUGCAUAUUUGUCUCGCUCACUUUCUCGAUUAUUCGAUUCUAUAAAUCUUGUCUUUCCAAAUGGAGCUGAAUCAGUGCCAACAAAAGAUGAGUUAAACAGUAUUAUUCACGUGAUCAACAGUGAACUUAACGUUGCUUCAGUUGACGAACACCUUAUGGUCAUGAUCUCAAAGAACGUUUCUAAAACGAUACAACUCUACGUAAACAAGUGUGAAGAACUUCUUGUAACGUCACCUGAUGCUGCACAGUUGAGUGGUGGAUUAACCACAUCGCAGAUUCGAAACGCUUCUAUAGUUAAUUCUUUACACCAGCUACGUACGGGAGUCAUGGAGAUUUUACCAAAUUUAGUAUAUCCACCCGCAGAAGCUGUUGAUGUGCUGGAUGAUUCUUUGACAAAUAUCUCAUCAUACAUGGAUUUAUCGCUGGGUCUGAUUCUUAGUGCUAUCAUGGGUUCACUUCAAAACAAGAUUGCUCGCAUGCAAAGUGAAAACUUCUCAAUUUCCAGCACGGCGUAUCACGAAACAGUCGAUGCUCAACCAUGCUCAAGAUACGUAGCAGAUAUACAGAAAUUUAUCAAUAGAAUCCAAUCUGAUUACCUAGCUCUUUAUAACUGCAAAGAUUUCCUGAUCGAAAGAUUGGAGAUGUUAGCUUGUCGUAUUUUGGAACUUUUUGUUAGACACGCGUGCUUGUUAAGAGAUAUCUCGGAAGGAGGGAAAUUAAAAAUGGCAGCCGAUAUGGCGCAGUUGGAAUUUGCAGUGACACCUCUUUGUCGAAGGUUUGAAGAUUUGGGUGCGGCGUAUAAAUUAUUUCGAGCUUUCAGGCCUCUUCUAUUCCAAGCAAUCGAAGAUAUCCCAACAAAUCCGAAUCUGGGCGAAAGUUUACCAUAUAGUGUAGUUCUACAUUUCUUGUUUUCAAAAGCUCCUUCCAACAUGCAGUCUCCACACACUGUUGCUGGAUGGACAGUACCAGAAUACUCGGAGUGGUUAGAUGAACAUCCUGACGAAGGAGAACGAAUCGCGCUUAUCAGGGGCACAGUUGAAGCUUACUCGAAAAAAGUAGGUGGUACAGAUCUUCCUGUUGUGUAUCCAGUGAUGACGAAACUCUUAGAACAGACAUCGUAACAGAGUUUCACAUUAUGCGAAAAGUUGUGUUGCAAUGAUGAAUCAAAACAUGCGAGCAGCCUCUUGUAGUACCGCGCAUGCGCUUCUUUUUUCUUUAGCAGUGCUGUCCUCAUGUUCUAAGAUGUUCUUCACACAGAUAAAACGUAUCAUUUGUAGAUUAUGUUUUUAUUAAACUUUUGACGCUUUUGAUCGAGUUUUACAAGGUAUCGAUUUUUAGUACAAAUUUAUCAACAGCUUUUGCGUGCAAAAUGAGUCAUCCACAUUUUUUGAUUUAGUGGUUCAUGUUAUGUGCUUUGUUAUUCUGUCCCAAACAAAGUCGGCCUUAUACAAAGUCGGGCGAAAAUAUUUGUCUGGCUUUAGCCGCCCGACUUUAAAAGUUUUUGCCCUGUGUGGCGCAUGUAUGGAAAAUUACAGUACUGAUUGAAAAAAGGAGAGCAUUUUUUAAGUGCUUUAUUGGCAAAAAAUAAAGAAAUUGUUUACGACAAAAUAAAGUAAACUUUUUACCAUAAGUAUAAGAAAACCACUGUAUUACAAAAAAUUGCCUUUUGUUCAGCUUUGUGCUAUUAAACCUAAUUAGACCCCGUCACAAAGUCGGUCAAAAAUCGUCAAUAUUACAAUGCCCUACUUUGGUGGUUGCUAUUCUUGCCCAAAGUUAGUCAAAAAUCGUCAAUAUUACAAUGCCAUUCUAUUCUUGGCAUACUUUUGCUGAAGUAGUUGUAGAUUAAACUUUUAAAUUUGGUUAUGUGUUCGUAAGAGCGAAUUUUCGUUAAAUUAAGCAUAAAAAUAGUAAAGUAGUUUAAUAAAGUUAGUUUAAGACGAAUGGAAUGCACUUUCAACUGAUAAAAGAAUAAGAAUGUGUUUUACUUUGCAUAGUUUUGCCCAACUUGCGUUACGAUUUGAAAAUGCCCGACUUUGGGCAGCCGCUCUAUAUUUGGUGGAACAAUUCUGCAUCUUCUUUUAGUUUGAAAACACGUCGUAUGGUAUAAAUAUUUUUUCAUCUUCACACCACCGUGGUCACACACUGCACAUUUUAUUUUGUCAAUCUAUUACGUGAUGCGCAUUGUUUUUUAAAGCCACGUAAAAAUAUUUAUUGUAUACAACACGAAUAAUAGAAUAUAGAAUAAUACUUGCCA